AUGCCCAUUCGACAGAGACUGAUAUCGCUGAUAGUCCGUGCUCGACUCUGGCUGGGCAAAAAGCGCUUUGGCUUCCUCGGACCGACCGUAAUCAGAGUGAGCAAAAACCGAAUUAUCAAAGGCCCAUGUGAAGUGGGAGAGCUUGAAGGCCUAGAAUACGUUGCGCAACACACCUCAAUCCCCGUGCCAAAGGUCUACCAAACCUAUCGAAUUGAUGAAAAAUUAUACAUCGAGAUGGAAUAUGUCCACGGUGACACUCUUCAAGCGGUAUGGAAUGGCAACGCCUUUUCAGCCGACGAGAAGCAGGCCUUGGUUAACCAGGUAUCCAACUACAUCGAGCAACUACGAGGGCUUGAACCGCCUCAAAACGGCAUAGUCGCCUCGCCAAAACUCGGACAAUGCUUCGACGUCCGUCUGGGAUACCGGCCCUUUGGUCCCUUUAGUAGCACUGAAGAAUUUCAUUCGUUUCUGCGAGGUAAUAUUCCGCUAGAGACUUGCUCGGAAGUCUUUGGCGAAGCUGUUACGCGCUGUCAUAGCCGCCAAUAUCGCAUCUCUUUUUCCCACGCCGACAUUUGCCCACGCAACCUCAUCGUGCACAACCGCAAACUUGUUGUCGUCAUUGACUGGCAAUUUGCCGGAUGGUAUCCGGAAUAUUGGGAAUAUACAAAGGCGCAUUAUACAUAUGCCAACGCCGACUGGUGGGCUAGGUUUGAGCAAGCUGUUACUCGAUAUGACGACGAACUGGCUGCAGAACGUGCUCUAUGGCGACAAUUAGAAGAGCCUGGAAUGUUGUACAACUAG